GUAGUUGUUUUGUUUACAUUUCUUUGGACGUAUUUUUUUUUUCAUUUCGGUUUAUGUUUUUAAAAUUUUAACAACAAAAUUUAACGGAAAUGUGUUGUGCUAAACUGUGAUAUUUACUAAAAACGGUGACAUUGCUUCCAAUUUAAAGUCGUCUUCGUUAUGGUCCAAUUGUCUUGUGAUUAUUUUGAUUUUUUUUAUAUAUAAUUUGCAACGUUGUACAAAUUAAAGUGAUUCUGUGUGAUAACAUCUUCACAUUACGACAAUGAUCCCGAUUGGCUAAUCGAGUGUCACGAUGACGCGAUAAACGCCUCUGAUUGGCGGUGGACUGCGUUCCGUACGCUGAUUGGUGAAAAAUGUCGGGUUUGCCGACCAGGGCAGACGACCCGAUCAAUGGUGUCGAUGUUCGGGAGCAAGGAAGCGCUUUAAGGGUGGCGACUAAUACUCCACACCUGGUCAGUCUCGGCACUGGGAGGCUGAGUACCGCCGUCACACUACACCCAAUCAAACAAGGUCGCGUUACCAUCGGUUCAGAUCCGACAUGUGAUAUUUAUGUGGUUGGCACGGGGGUAGCGAACGUGCAUUGCAGGGUUGAGAAUUCACACGGCGUUGUCACGUUGUACCCCAUCAGUGGUACCACUCUGCUCGAUGGGCUCCCAGUUGAAAAACCUACCCGUCUAUCUCAAGGUAGUAUGUUGACAAUCGGUCGUUCCAAUUAUCUCCGUUUCAACCACCCCGAGGAGGCGAAGCUGAUGAAGUCCGUCCUGCCUUCCGGUCACGUCUCCAUGGCUCCCAUACAGUUUACACCGAACGAACAAUGUGUAUCCACAGGCUAUGUCAACCACCACUCAGAUACAAGCAACCAAUGUUACCAGAACACAAACAUACAAAAGAUAUACAAAGACCAUUCCCUGUCGCAACUGGACCAAGAAUUAGACAUGACACUCAGGGAAAUGUCCAAAAAGAAACCGCCCGUAGCACCCAGGAAGCCUUACAAAGAUUUAGACACGUCAGAUUCAAAUUCAGACCAAGAAUCGAGACCGAAAAUUGGCAGUAUAAUGGCAAAGGUGUCAAAGUUCGAAUAUUAUGCCAAACAGCAGAAAUGUGUUGGCAGAAGUCAGUUUUACACGGCCAGCGAAAUUGAAAUAUCACCGAAAGUAUUCAGCGCAAACUCGCUAACAGUGAACACGCCAGCAAAAGACGUCCUCGGUAACAGAAAUAUACCGAAUUACAUGAAUAAAGUUAAGCAAGAGCAGAAAAUGAUCGUCCUCAACGAAAACAAUAGUCUAGAUCCGAAGAAAUGUUCGUACGCAAACGUAGCCAUACGCAAUAAGACCAAAAUCGACGACAUUGUCAGGAAUUUCGACGAUACCACCAGAAUUGACCAGAAAUUACCGAAAAAAAUUAACAAUGACCAGCAAAGCAGACCAGACAAUAAUAUCUAUGGAAAAAUAAACGUUGAUCGAAAAGAUACAAGAAACAAUCUAGAUUGCAAGAUUGAAUCUAGCAAGAACAACUUGGAAUGCAAGAACGAAUCAAGCAAGAAUGAAGUUAGCAAGAAUAGUUUCAAUUGCAAGAAUGAAAAGAGUUUGAAUAUGGAUCUAAGUGAUUACGGAAGGAUUUGUGGUGUCGGUAAAGUUGUGUGUUUGCCGUCUCCAGCAUACGAUAGAAAUCCUCAAUACUCACCGGUCUACGCGAAUUGUCACUACGAUAGGAGUUUCGAAGCAGAAAGUAUGAGAAUCAAGGCGUAUCAAGAUAGAAUUAAAGAAGAAGAACAGAAAGAGGCGGAGACGGCUCGUCUCGAAGAAAUACUCAACAUGUGCGCUGAAUAUGAAAGACAAAUAACUUCAGGUAUACCAAUAACUCCGACAGAGAAGAGGCCGCACAAUAAGAUAAUAACAAACGGAUCGCUGCCGAGGAGCGUAACGCUGAACAAUCCCAACUUUGUACAAACUAGCGAGGGUUACUAUAAGUUCGAUACUAGUCAUAAUAGAAGUUCGCCUUCGAGUCAAUCACUUCCCAUACAAAGAAAUAUAUCUAGUUAUGAAAAUUACGAAACAUCACAAUCACCAACACAAUUAGAAACAUUAACACCAGAAGUAACAAUACCAGCUGAUAAUAAUUAUGAAAAUAUAGGUAGGAUGGACGAAAUAGGAAUACCAGUAUUCGAUGAUGUACCCAGAAACGAUUUGUCUAGUCCAAUUAUGAUAAGGAAACUUCAGAAUGGUUCAUUGUCUUCACCGAUCGGCAGCCCUUAUGAAAAUGUCUACUUUAAAAAUAAUUUAGGCUUCAAGCCAAAAUCGCCAAAUACACAAAGCCCUAGAACGAGAAUAAAGACUAGUUUCGCGCAUAAAAAUCUACCGUCUCCUCAGUAUUUCAUAUUCCCAACACCACCGCCCGUUGAUAAUUCAACGAAACCUAAUUUCAAUACUGAAGGUCAGAAUAACGAUGGCAUUCAUAUUAAUGAAGACGAUAAGGUCAAAAUGAGUGGUAUUGAAAAACAAUUGAGCUUAGAAGAGGAAAUACCGAUGAUUGAUGAUGCAGAUUUAACUAACGAUAUAGAGUUCAGAUAUUCAAAAAUAAUUCCCGAUAAAAAUAAUGAUUUCACUCAAGAGGCAACUGAAAAUGUAGACAAAAAUGAUGAGGUAAUCGAAGCUUCGAUGACUAAGAACAAAAGCUUCGAUGACGUUAAGAAGGAACUAAUGGCGGAUAUACCAGAAUUAGAAGAAUUCGAAAAGGAUUUAAAAGAAAACAAGCGAGAAAAAAUGAUCAAAACUAUCGCUGAAGAUAUUAAAAAAAUGGACGCAGAAGCUGAUUCUAUAGGUUCAGCGGUUUUGGACGAAAGUAUAGAUGAGUUGAAGGCCAGAUACGAUAAUCUUAAAGAAGAAAGGAAGAAACUGGUCACGGAAAUACACGAAAUUAAGUGUAAGAUGACUGAGAUAAGAUCUCAAGAGGACGACAUAUUAAGAGAGUUGGAAAUGGAGAAAGCACUCAUCAAGGGCGAAUACGAUUCCGAAAUCGCAAUUCUCAACAUAGAACAGAAGAAAAAAACCGACUUAGUUGACAAAGCGAAAGCAAUAGAGGAAGAAAUCAAGCAACUGAAAGAGAAGCAGGAAAUAAGACAGAAUGAGAUGCGCGAUAGAGUGGAAAUCGCCACUAUGAAAGUAGACAGGAUUGUAAAAGACUUGAAGGAGAACAAAGCUACGUUAGAGGAACUUCAAAACGCUCAAGAUAUCUUAGACAAUGAGACUAAGAUAUUUGAAGAUUUAGAAUUCCAGCAUUUGGAAGAAGAGUCCGAACUACUGUCGAAUAGAGAAGACCUUCAAAAUGAUAUAAUCCUUCUCUCUAAAAGAAUUGACUCCCAAAAAACCAGAAUACUCACUUUGAAAUCAGAAGCCAACAAUAAUUUAACGUCAGCGUUAGAAGAAACAAAAGUACUUCAAGCUGAAUAUGUGAAAUUACUUAAUCACGUCGAACAUUUGACUGGAAAAGUACAAAUAAUUGAAAAAGAACUUAAACCUAUAGUGGCUAAACUAAAUGAUAUCGAAAGAACACAAUCUCCUGAUAGUGCGUUUUACACGGAUCAGACAAGAGCGAAGUCGGGUGAAUUCGGUUACUCGCCUCAAACAUCUGACAGUGAUGACAUAGACGUUGCCAAAAUGUCUAAUUUCGAAGAUCAUACCAAACUAUUGAAGGAUAAAUUCAAUUCUAUCGACCAAAUGUCUCAAUCAAUGAUUGUUGAUAUCGAAAGAAGGGUCGUUUCAGAUUUGGAUGAUCCAAUUGAAAUAGACAGUAGUCCUUCGAAAUCUUCCACGUCGUCUAAAGAAAAGAAAGGCUUCUGGGAAAGAAAUUUCGAUUCGUUGAAACGUAAGAGCAAGGAAAAGAAAAAACCAGAGAAAGUCGAUAUAAUGUCGCAGAGCUUGAAUGAAAAUAUAUUUUAUAACGACAACAUAGAAGUCGACGUGUCUUUAGAUAAAUUUAAUAGUUUGAGAAAUUCGAAACGAAAAGAUAAAAAGGAUAAGGAUAACGGACCACUUAAAAGUAAUUCAUCGUCGAAAAUACCAACCUUUGCUGCGUUGGGAAAGAUAAUUAAAAAAGAUUCCUUGAAACGCAAAGAGAACGCUCAGAAGGAAGCUAAGAAUGACGAAUCGGACCAAAAUGUUAAAAAUCGUUACGUGAAGAAUAGCAAACCGGUUAUGACAGAUAAUAAAUACGUCAAAUCGAAAUCGUUGUCGCCGGAUAAAGUGUCGAACGAACCAAUCAAAGAAGAAGACGAUCAAGAACAGAAUAAGACCUUCGAUGGAUUGUUACGUAAGGAUGGGAAGAUAAUGCAUAGAAAAAGUUGUGGAGAUGAACCGAAUGUUCGGAUAGAAUUCCAAAAGAUGACGGAUUCUGGUAAAAUUCCUUCCCAAGAUGAUAUAGAUAGAAUAUCGAAAGUGACCAUGGACGCUCCGAUAUUAUCAAGCGAUACAGACGUCAAUUCGUUGGGGAAACGAACUCUGGACAGCUUAAUGGAAAUCGAAAGGAAAAGGAUGGAAAUGUUGGAAGAAAAAGGUUGCCAAGUUAUAGAGAACGAACGUGAAAAAAUAUCCGAAUUGAAACGGCGAGUGCAAGACGAAACGAAAAAACUCUGGGAUCAGCGGACCAAGGGCAAGACCGACAGCUGUCAGCUGUCAACCGUCAGUCAGCGCUCGAUCGGCAGCCACCUGUCAGCUGUCAGUCACCUGUCAAGCGAUUUUGACAGCUCAAACGUUGAAAGCGGGAAGUCGUUCGGGAACAACACGAUCGAUGACGCCAGUUUCGAUGAGUUCAACAUUACCAACUCUACGAUUUACGAUGAGAGUUCUGGGUUUAUGUCGUCGUCAAUUGAGGAGCUUCAAGUUCGAAACUCUCGCACCGAGUCCACAGAGGAUGACAAGCGAAGCGAUGACAGUCGUCCCCUCAGCCACGCAUCGGACUUCAGCAGAGAUAAUAUAUUAUCGGCUGGCAACGCACCGCGUCGCAGCCGUCGCGGUAUUGCCAACGAAUGGCAGAGACCGCUCACGCGAUACUUGCCGGUGGACCGCGACGACUUCGAUCUACGGAGACAUGUUGAAUCCGCAGGACAUCAAAUCGAGUUGUGCCCCUACGUGACGGUCAACUCGACUUCCUGUCGCGGCUACUUGCACAAGUUGGGGGCAAAGUUCCACACCUGGUCCAAAAGGUGGUUCGUUUUCGAUAGAGAAACGAAAACGUUCGUCUACUACUGGGACAAGAGCGAGAAGAAACCGCGUGGCGGCGCUUACUUCCAGGUUAUUGAAGAAGUCUAUCUUGAUCAUGGCAACACAUCGAAAUCUCCGAACCCACAGACAACAUUCAUCGUGAAGACGCGCCAGAGACGGUAUUAUUUAAUGGCGCCCUCUGGAGAAGCUGCCAGAAUAUGGAUAGAUGUCAUAUUCACCGGAGCCCAAGGGUACACUGAGUAUUUAGAAUAAAAAACGAAAAUAAAAACUUGGUGUGACUUUGUGGGAUAUGGCCAAUAUGGCGGCGUACAUCAGCCAUAUUCCGUAUGGCAACUAUGCCAUAUUUUAUAAGGGGUUCUAUAGAAAUAAUCUCAGAUAACGUUAUUUCGAUUUGCUUUUUCAAUAUUUGUUGGGAUAUAAAUAAUAUGGCUAUUCUUAAUGCCACGAAUAUGGCUAUGGCAAUGUUUAUGGCAUACGGUCACAAACUUCAAUUUCAAUUUUGAUAUAUCUACUUGACAUGUAAGGUUUUUGAAAUGUUGUUCAAUUUCAAAUAAAUUUUUAAACAGCAACACUGAUAGUGUUGCCAUUUUUGUACUAAAUAUACAAUUUUGUAUAUAAUAUUGUAUACGUUUUAUAUACAGAAUUUGUGUAGUCGUUCAAUGAAUUUUGCGUUAUGAUUUUUGAAUGAGUGAAAAGAUACUCUUAAAAGUACAUAAUUGUUUCGUGAUAUUUUAUUUUAAUUAAAAGUAUAUUUUAUUUCCAAUUAUAAUAUCGAUUCGUUUGAAUUUAAUCGAUUAAUUUUGUAAUCGAUUUUAAUUACAUAAACGAAGGUAGAGCUGAUAUAAGUACUGACAUGUGUGUCGGAUUUAUAAUUGAUUCUACUAACACUGCGUUAUUCUGAUCCGAUAAAAAAAUCGAACGUCGUAUAAAAAAGUUAACGACGAUUCGGAUAAUUUUAGCUAACAGUUUUGUAUCGCGUCGUCGCUUAAAGUGUAGACACGAGAUGUAUCGAGAAAAAAACCAGCAGCUGGAAAGCGCUGUAACUGCUGGUUUGAAAUAAUUCAAUAUAAUUUAUCCUCUGUAGUAAACUAGAUUAUGAAAUGGAAUUGAAGAUGAUAAUAUUUUAGACAAUAAUCUGUGCCAAUUCCCUAAUUAAAUGUAAUGGCAACUAUUUUUAUACAAUUAUUGGUGAAUAUCGGUGCCUUGUGGAAGACUGAAGACAAAUUAAUUACCAUUUUUUUACAUAUUUGUAUAUACAUAUAUUAUGAAAUUGUGUGGUUAAAAUGCAAGUUUUAAUAUUAUUUUUUCAUAUUUAUAAAUUAUAUAGGAAUAUAGAUCGCAUUAAAUCCUUCGUGCACGCUUAUUAAUUAGUUAUAUUAAUAAUGUUACCAUAUGAAAAAUACUGGCAACUUUACAUUGCUUCUAAAAUCGAAUAAAUUAAAAAAGUAUAUAACUAUAUUAUAAACCAUUGCUGUAUUUUUUUUAAUAUCGAAGGUACAGUUACUUAAUAAUUUGUAAAUACGUCCACAGCAUGUUUCUAUAGAUAAAGAAUAAUCUUUAUAGGUUAAAAAAACAUCUCAUUAGAAAUAUAUUGUGACUGUGCCCUCAAGUUUUACUUAUUACUUUGUUUUUAAUCAUUUUAUAAUGCAUUUACCUUUCACGUUAAUUGUAACAUAAGUACAAAACGUAAUUUUCAUUACGAAUCUAAUACCAGUGUAAAAACUUUAUUUUUUAAGGCUUGCAACAUUAUUUUAGCUGUAUUAUAAGUAACGGCUGAUACCAAUAUUUAAGUGUAAGGUCACAUUAUCUUAACGAAAUUAAUAAAUCAUUUAAUAAAAAUAUUAAUAAUA